AUGGAGAUGAAUGGGACGGAACCACGUGGCGAGGAAGUGGCAAUUGCGUUAGCGUUGAACGUGGCCGUCACCGUCAUCUCCUCUAUUGGACUGCUGCUCAACGCUUACAUAUUGUUCAUUAUUGUUAUAACUAAACAGUCGGCUACAGCAUCAUCUGUGUUGUUACUACAUCUGGGAGCUGUUGGUGCUUUGGCAAGUGGUGCAGCUUUAUGCGGUGGUGGUGGAGCGUGCGCAUGUGGUGCUAUUCUUCAUGCACUUCAUCCGCUGCAGUUAUGGACUGUAUGUGGUCUGCAUGCAGAUCGUGCUGCCGCAAUUGCAGCGCCAUUGCAUUACGCCGCUAUAGUUUCAGCUCGGAAGGUCGUGAUUUGCGUCGUAGGCGGAUGGGUUGCUUCUGCAGCCCUUUUAGCACCAUUGGCAGCUGCUCAUCCACCAUUAACCUACAGCAUAGGUCUUGGGAUUUGUACGCCUGAUUGUGGAGCCGGACCAUCAGCUCUAGUAUUUUGUAUAGUUUACUCCGUGUUAACGUUAUUACUCCCAACAGCACUUGUUCUACUCUGCAGUUUAAAGAUCCUUCGAAUUGCUCGCUAUCAUCGACACAGAAUUGCAGCUGCGAUUUAUGAGGUAACGCUUUCUGCACAAGUGACAGUGACUCAUCAACGAAACCCUUUUUCCCCUCCACCUCCACCACGAAGACGUGCAUUGUCUGCCGUAUUACAACCUCUUGGUUCAUUAGCUAUAUUAUACUUUCCAUACUACUGCGUUUUGAUGUGGCCAGCCAUUGCCGUACCCCCUCAACCACUAGCAGCUUUGUCAGCAACGCUGCUUGCAGCAGCUCCUCCUGUUAAUGGCAUUUUGUAUGGUAUUCGUAGUAGAGCUCUAAGAGAUUCACUCCGGAAUUACAGAAGGAAACAAUUGACAAAAAGUGAAGUGACUCAAGAAAUUCAAGCGCGCACGCCCAGUGCAUGCGGCUCCAGAAGACCCUCACUAUCGGCAGGCUCAGGGUCCAUACGGCCACCGACUACUAGACGGUUGUCAGAUGCAGCAGCAAUGGGGUCAAGAGGUUCAGAAAGGCCAGCUCAACGAGCUACUUCAUGUAAUAUGCUGCAGGGCUCACAAGAAGAAGACUACCCCCGACCUAGAGUAUCCGCCAUACCACUGAUCCGUGCUCCUCCGCAUGUUGUUUUAGGUCGCGCUUUGGGCCUUGAAGAAGGUAUCAGUAGAGAUCGACGUCGCCGUCAAUCACCCCGUAUAACCGUAACUCGAGCAAUGUCUGACGAAAGUGAUUCGCCAACGCGUCGACCGCUUUGUCGACAACAGUCACGCUCUAGUGGGGCCUUACUGGGAGCAAUGUCUUGUUCUCGGGCACUCACGGAAAAUAUUCGACUUGACAAUCCAGCUGAUGAACAACUGUUGCUCUCUUGGCCUCAGAAUGCUCAUGUUAAUAAGCAUGAGGUUAUAUAA